AUGGCGAUUCUCCCUGAAGUUCCAGCAUUCUCCACCGCCAUCAUCGUCGAUGGUGAACCGGCGGAUGAGUAUCAACCACCUCACAUCCCAAUCCCGUACGAUGCUGAGUUCGAAGGUGUGCCUCGAACGCGUUGUUUCAUUGCUGCAGAGACUGGCGAGACCUACUCGGUUCGCUUCAGAUUAUCUCCCCUUUUCUACUUCGGCGCCGAAACAGACACCCUUUUGGUCUCCAUCUACAUUGACGGGAGCCUAGUAGAGGAGUCCCUGGUCUUCAAAAGUCUUCCUGGCGAGCAAGACUUCAUCGACUAUAUAUCCCACCUUCAUAGGGAAGACGCCAAUGGUUCCAUCAACCCCCACACCUUCUGUUUCCAAGACCUUGCGCCUGGUAUGUAUCCCUAUUGUCUUGGAAAGCUCAGACCUAACGUCGGCGCAGCUGAGUGCACUACUGCCGCGACCCUCCAGGCUGAUAUGCAGCUUGUGAAGACUCUGGGAACAAUUAGGGUUGUUCUCAGAUCAGCUAAAAAAUUAAUUUCUGAUCCCAUGCCUAGCCCUAGUAAUAAACAGCAAACCUUCAACACUCUACAACCAUCCACAAAAGCCUUGAUACUCAAUGGGUAUGGCCAAACCCAUGGCACUGGCUACAGACUUGUUGAUGUCCCCGUCCACUUCGAGUACUAUGACGUUGAUAUCAGAGAAGCCAUUGGAUGUUUUGACUUCGUGUAUCUCUCACCGGGUACCCUCGAGGCCCAGGGCAUCAUGAACCUUGACUAUAUCAACCAGGCUGCGCAGGGCAUGCCUCAGACACUUGAACCUGCUCCAGAGCCACCUCGCUAUGCUGUUCGUACCAUGUCGAAUGGAUAUCUUGAGAUCGAUCUUACUGGUGAUGAUGAGUAA